ACGAGGUUAACUCACUGCUGCGGGCCGACACAAAGUCCUCUAAUAUUUAUAAUUAGUUAAUAACGUGAGCCGUCGUCGACCUUAGACAGUGUCUUCUUGCCUUUGCUCGAGUUUCAGCCGCCAUGAAGUGAGAAUAAUGAUGUUUAAGAGCAGCAGCAGCAGCUUGCCUGUCAACUUCUAGGUUAGCGAGCUAGCUUGGUAGCGGAUCAGCUGUUGUUUUGAUCAGAGAAAUAGCUUCAUAACAAGCCAAACUGCAUAGCUUUGCAGUGAUUUAGACAUCUGGAUUCACCUGAGCUAAUUUACUUACUUACUGCUUGUUGUUACACUGAACUGCGCCUUUGUUCAGGUGGUUAAUGGCGACACAUAAAGGUAAAGGCGUACCACCACCGUGACAGAUUCAGUACAUAGUGGGUCGUUAUCUCUAUCAGAGCUGGUGGGUUUUUUUGUUUUUGUUUUUUGUGUGUGAUUGAAUCAGUAAUUAUCACUUCCAAGAUGCAUGACGCAUAUGAAUCAGUGCCUAUUUUGGAGAAGCUUCCUCUCCAGAUUGACUGUCUGGCGGCCUGGGAGGACUGGCUGCUUGUUGGAACAAAGCCAGGGCAUCUCCUCCUCUACCGAAUAAAGAAGGAUGCAGGCACCAACCGGUUUGAAGUGACGCUGGAGAAAUCCAAUAAGAACUUCUCAAAGAAGAUUCAGCAGCUUUACGUCGUCUCACAAUACAAAAUUCUUGUCAGUCUUCUGGAGAACAACAUCCACGUCCAUGACCUCCUGACUUUUCAGCAGAUCACUGUGGUGUCCAAAGCCAAAGGAGCCACGCUCUUCGCUUGUGACCUCCAGCAAACCAGCCCAGGAGAGGAAAGAUUGAGAAUGUGUGUCGCUGUGAAAAAGAAACUCCAGAUGUAUUACUGGAAGGAUCGGGAGUUUCAUGAGCUGCAGGGAGAUUUUGGUGCACCAGAUAUUCCGAAGUCAAUGGCUUGGUGUGAAAACUCCAUAUGUGUCGGUUUCAAACGAGACUAUUACCUCAUUCGGAUGGACGGACGUGGCUCCAUAAAGGAACUCUUUCCCACUGGGAAACAAUUGGAGCCUCUGGUUGCCCCACUGGCUGAUGGGAAGGUGGCGGUGGGGCAGGAUGAUCUGACUGUGGUACUAAAUGAAGAGGGUGUUUGCACUCAGAAGUGUGCCCUGAACUGGACAGACAUCCCUAUAGCAAUGGAGCACCAGCCUCCAUACAUCAUAGCAGUUCUCCCUCGGUAUGUGGAGAUCCGGACCUUUGAGCCGAGGCUGCUGGUGCAAAGCGUGGAGCUGCAGAGACCUCGCUUCAUCAGCUCGGCAGGGCCAAAUAUUGUAUACGUAGCCAGCAACCACUUUGUGUGGCGCCUGGUUCCCGUGUCAAUAGCCACCCAGAUACGACAGCUUCUUCAGGACAAGCAGUUUGAGUUGGCUCUUCAGCUGGCGAUGAAGGACGAUUCAGAUGGUGAUAAGAAGCAGCAGAUACAUCACAUCCAGAAUCUCUACGCCUUCAAUCUGUUCUGCCAGAAGAGAUUUGAUGACUCCAUGCAGGUUUUUGCCAAACUCGGCACAGAUCCCACCCACGUGAUUGGGCUGUACCCGGACCUUCUCCCGUCAGACUAUCGCAAGCAGCUGCACUAUCCCAACCCACUGCCUACGCUGUCUGGGGCAGAGCUGGAGAAGGCUCAUCUUGCUCUAAUUGAUUACCUUACCCAGAAACGCAGCCACCUUGUGAAACAGCUGAAUGACUCUGACCCCUCCACAACAUCUCCACUCAUGGAGGGCACACCCACUAUUAAAAGCCGCAAAAAGCUUCUUCAGAUCAUUGAUACCACCCUGCUGAAGUGUUACUUGCAUACCAACGUGGCCCUGGUGUCCCCCCUACUUCGACUGGAGAACAACCACUGCCACAUCGAGGAGAGCGAGUAUGUCCUGAAGAAGGCCCACAAGUACAGUGAGCUCAUUAUUCUCUAUGAGAAGAAGGGCCUGCACCAGAAAGCUCUGCAGGUGCUGCUUGACCAGUCCACCAAGGCCAACUCUCCACUUAAGGGCCACGAGCGAACAGUGCAGUACCUCCAAAGGCUCGGAGUGGAGAACCUCGGCAUAAUCUUUGAGUUUUCACCCUGGGUGCUUAAGAUCUGCCCUGAAGAUGGGCUAAAGAUCUUUACUGAGGACCUGACGGAGGUGGAGACUUUACCCAGAGACAAGGUGCUGAACUUCCUGAAGGAUGGCUUUAAGGAGCUUGCCAUCCCGUAUUUGGAGCACAUCGUCUACGUGUGGGACGAUAAAGGCCCAGAGUUUCACAAUGUGUUGAUCCAGCUCUACCUGGAGAGGGUUCAAAGCCUCAUGAAACAGUACCUCAACUCACUGCCAGACGGAGUUCCAGCAGUAGCUGCGGGGAAGGAGGACGGUCCUCUGGGAGAGUAUAGGAACAAGCUGCUGUCGUUCCUGGAUAUUUCUUCCAGCUACGAACCAGCAAGACUCAUCAGUGACUUUCCCUUUGAUGGCCUCCUGGAGGAACGGGCCCUGCUUCUAGGAAGGAUGGGUAAACACGAGCAGGCGCUUUUCAUCUAUGUGCACAUCCUGAAAGACACUCGCAUGGCUGAAGACUACUGUCACCGGUACUACAACAGCUCAGUUGAAGGGAAUAAAGAUGUUUAUCUGUCUCUGCUGCGGAUGUACCUUUCACCCCCUGACGUCCACUGCCUGGGGCCCAUCAAGAUGGAGCUGUCGGAGCCACAGGCCAACCUCCAGGCAGCCUUGCAGGUCCUGGAGCUGCACCACAGCAAGCUCAACACCACCAAGGCCAUCAAUCUGCUCCCGGCAAACACCCAAAUCCGAGAGAUCCGGGUCUUCCUGGAGAGCGUCCUGGAGGAGAAGGCACAAAGGAAACGCUGCAACCAGGUGCUGAAGAGUCUCCUGCAGGCGGAGUUCCUCAGGGUGCAGGAGGAGCGCAUCUUCCACCAGCAGGUUAAAUGUGUCAUUACUGAAGAAAAGACCUGCAGGGUCUGCAAGAAGAAAAUAGGAAACAGUGCGUUCGCCAGGUAUCCCAACGGCGUGGUGGUUCAUUACUUCUGCUGCAAAGACCGCAACGUGUGUCCUACUGAGCAGUAACGCCUCCUCCUCCUCCUCCGCACCAUGACUGUUCACUUAUAAACAGUUAUUCUCUCCCCUCCCUCCCUGUUGGACUCCAAUACUCGGACAUCCUCGAACUACAAAUAUAUCAGACUGUUUGGAAAUGCCCGAGUUAAACGGCGGGCUCCAUCCGCAGAGCAUGGCUGGCAUUUAGUGGACGCUUGUAUGCAAAGCACCUUUACAGAACCAUGAGUGAAGACGUGUUUUUUAACCUGAGUUUAACCCCGGUGGCACAUUUGUUUUCAUGCACUACCCGCCAAGCAGAACGGAAACUUCUCUUCUCUUCUGAAAGCAUAAAAAGGCGGCAACUUUCUUUCUUUCGUUCUCUCUGUGCAUGAGGCAACAGGUGGAAUGUCCAGAGUCGCUCACCAGGAGGGGAGGAAGAGAGAGAGAGAGUGGAGGUAGAGUCUUGACAUUUGAAAAGCAUGUGUCACUGUAAUGCUAGAAGGGAUUCACUGCCCCUACACUCGGAGGAACACGGGCGCUAUUGACAGACGCGCAGCAGAAAAGGAGCUGCAACAACAGAAGUUAGUGCCUGUUCUCACCAGGAGAUGAUUACAAGCCCUCCAGUCUGUGCUUGUUUUUCUUUUUUGUUUUUUUUUCGUUCAUUUUUUUUUCUGCCUCUCACAAUCUCCCUCUCCUUCUGUGUAACACUGUGUAGGCCUAAAACACCGCUUGAUAUGCCAUAUAGACUCUACUGGAGCACUGUUAAAUGCCUUUUGUGACUCUGAAGAUUGUAUUUACAGUGAAGUCAGAUGUCUAUUUUUUUUUGUUAGCAUGUGGUGGUACUGACUAAACAAAACCAAUCAUUCAUCUCGCAGUAUGUUUUUGUAUUUACACUUAUGAGGCAACUCCUUCAGCAAACAUAUUUGCAGCUUUGUGGGUUUAUUUGUUUCCACGUUUAAUGUCUUAAAGGUUUGUGAAUAAUUACAGUUUAUUACAAUUAUCAGGAAACAUGCUAACUCAUUUUUUUCAUUAUUUUUCUUCUUUGCGUAUUAUUUUCUACUUGUUUUUUUUUUCUUCUCUCUCCCAGAUUUAUUUAAGGUUCAUGAAGUAAAACUUUUUAAAGUCAGAUCACAAAAGUACAGCACUUUAAAAGUGGAUGGAUGGAUGUCCUGUUUAUUUAUUGAUAAAACACACAUCUAACAGACAGAAACUGGAAGUGAUGUGAAUGAAAAGAGAUGAGAGGUGUGAUUGAUCUGCGCAUUUUAAAGGCAAUAUCGUUAUAAAACUGGUCUGUUAGCCGUCCGCCUGGGAGGUGAUUCAAGAAGCAGGGUUCUCACGUUUAAUGAGGAGGAGGAAAUGCAAGCAAUGAAUGUAUGUUUUAGGUGUUACGUCAAAGCUCUUUUUCAGGAUUAAAUAGAACAAGUUGGAGGUCAGACAGUUCUGAAAGUUUUGAGCAUGUUGCAAAAGUUUAAAAACAUAUUUUUUAAGUUAACUUUCACAAAAAGUUGUAGCAUUUACCUGCUCCUUCAAAAACCACCCUACUCUUCUACUCUUAAAGGUUUGCACACAAUCUCUGCUAAGACUGUUUCAGAGUUUUGUUCAGUGUUUUUUUUUUUUUUUUUAAUUAUUGGUAACAUUUGUACCACUGUGUGUAUAAUUGUAUAAAGAUUGAGAGUGAUGAUGACAGAUUUGAUUCUGAGGGGCGACCCAGCAGGUACCAUCUGUCUGUCUGGCUUUAAUCGGUAAUAAACAAGCGUUUC